AUGUAUGAGAUGAUCCGCAGUCGAUGUUAUUUCCCGAAGAUCGCUGCUGCUUGUGAAGCGUAUGUUGCGAAUUGCGGGCAGUGUGUAGCAGCUAACCCAAGCAGAGCACCCGCUAUUGCAGCUACUCGCCCUGAUAUUCCUUGCCGCCCAUGGUCUGAAGUUGUCAUCGAUACCCUGGAGUUGGGUUCGGAUGGCACGAAUGAUUACCACUGUGUACUGAUGUGUGUGGAUGCAUUCAUGAAGUGGAUUGAAGUGGUACCCCUUCGUCGUCAUGAUGCUGCUUCAGUCGCCAGUGCAUUUGUGCAGGUCUGCCAGAUGUGGGGUGCCCCUGAUGUUGUGCGAUGUGACAAUGGAACAGAGUUCGCGAAUGCAGUCGUCGAGUCACUCUUUCAGUCACUUGGAGUCAGAGUACGCACAGGUGCUGUGAGACACCCACAAUCCCAAGGCGCAGCGGAGAGGGCAAACCGCACCCUGAUUGGAUUGAUCCGGAAGGUCCUUGAAUACUCAUCCGACUGGAAGUCUGAUCUCCGUACCCUGCUCUUCUACUAUCUUAACAGACCCCACUCGGCAACCCAUCUAUCGCCAAUGGAAGCCAUGGUCGGAUGGCAGCCAGCAAGGUUCAUUGUUGAGUCACCCAUUGCCAACGGCACGAUGUCUGCAAGUGCAUGGGUAGACAAGCUUGCACAGAGAUCCGCGGCUAUCCGCAAUCUGAUUGAAGAAGAGUUAUCGAGCGGCGAUAGUCCUGAUGUUAACGUACUAUGCCUGUAUAGUCCUGGCGAUGCAGUGAUGUUGCGACGUCCUGAACGACGGCAGAAGCGUUCUGUACCAUACGAGCGUGGCUGGCGUGUUCGUGACAUCGUCAGUGCAUCCACUGUCGUCAUUCGUCAUCAAACCUCUGGAGCUGAGAAGACUGUGAACGUCGAUCUCCUCAAGCGAGAUUCCAAUGGCUCCGAAGAUGGUGCAUGUUUGGAUGCCAAUGUCGAGCAGCAUGACAACGAUCCUGAGACUGAUAUGGCUAUGAGCGUCGACUUCGACCCACCAACUGCCACUGAUGAAGAGCCCGCUCGCAACCUCCGAAGCAGAGCUGACCUGCAACGCCCUGCUCGCUACAAUGACUAG